AGAUCAUUAUUAAUUAUUAUUGUUCACAGCAAUCUAAGGACGACGGGCCCACAGGCCACAGUUUACAAUUUACAUUUACCAGACUUAAGGGCUACGGUUUUUGUAGUCCCGUGAUUUUAUUUUACUGCCUAUAAGAUUUUUGUUGUUACCAAGCCGCGUUAAUAAACAAGUUUAUUAUUUACGGAUCGUCCAGAUUUUCUUGAAUUAUUGAGUUUGCGAUGGACGACCACCACGUUUAUGAUACAAACUUCACUGAAGAAAUCAACAAUAAGAUGCAAGUGCCAAAAAGCAUUCGGGUGAAUGGAGAUGUUUCUAAUUUUCGUUCAUCAAAUUACUACUCUGAUGAUAACAGCAAAUUUGGUGACAAUUUUGAUAUGAGGGUUCCAGAAAAAAUUAUCCUUAUAGGUAAUAAUCAGCAUCAAGGAUCUUCAUCAAAACCAAGAGAAUUUGCAAUUGAUGAUUUGAUCAUUCCUCAGCCACCCAAUGAAGAAUUUAUUCGUGUUCAGACUCCACCACAAAAAAUCACCAUGUCAAGACAUUAUUUUCCUUCUGUGUUAGAUGACUUUGAACAGAAAUCUGCAUCUAUUGAACAAAGCGAGGAAUCGAUUCCAAACAAUUCUGAACCAGCAAUUAAUUCAGUGCAAAUAGAUCCCAAUAUGAGCUUCUUCAAUGCAAGCAUUAGUGAACCAAUGACAAUAUCUGAAGAAUUAGCUCACUUGCGCCAACAGAUGGGUCGCGUGUCACGCCGAGUUAUUGAAUUAGAACAUACGGCUUCUCUGCCUUUUUAUGUCAGAGAGAAAAAGUUAAUUGUCACAUUGGUAUGCAGUUAUGUGGUUUUUAAGUUUGCAUCAUGGUUGACUAGACGUUAGAAGCAUUUAAUUUUUUUGCAUGUGUUCCAAUCUCCUGUAAAUGCCAUAUUGACACUAAUUUUAUUGUUAUAUAGUAUAUUACUACAAUGCCUACCUAAAAAUAAGAAUGAAUCUUAAAUUCACAGUUACUUCAAUCACUUUGUGGAUUUGCUAUUUACUUAAUGUUGUUAUUGUUUUUAAACAACUUAAUACAAUUCAGUAAAAUGUGUUUAACUUACAGAAAUAUAGAAAAAUAGAAUGUUUAAAAUUCAAGUAAUUGAAAAAAAUAGAAAAAUAGAAUGUUUAAAAUUCAAAUA